CUUUUCCAGGGGAUGAACAGUCAGUACGUCCGCCGAGAGGUCUUCUGUGGGAACACCUGCCAUGAGCUCAAACGCUUCUGGGAGAGGGAGAUUGGCAAACAGACUUACUACCGCGAGUCCGAGGAGCAUCGCCUGGGAAGGAGCGCGCUGAGAAAACUCAGGGAAGAAUGGAAGCAGAGACUAGAAACAAAGCUGAGGCUUCGGAACAGUCCAGAUGAGGCGGAAAGGCAGACAAAUGUCGGCUGA